AUGGCAAGCACCGGUCAAAUGAACAAUUACAAGCAGGGAUAUUCCAGCCAGACUGUCGCAACCCAGCAAACUCGCACAGCUGAGUCGGAGGCUGCUUUUCUACUCCCAUACAUCAAGAAGACAGACUAUAUUCUCGAUGUCGGCUGCGGGCCUGGUACCAUUACCCUAGGCUUUGUCAAAUACGCUAGUGAAGGGAAAACGGUCGGUAUCGAUAUUUCGGCGAAUGUCUUAGGCAGAGCUAAGACAGCGGCCAACGAGGCCAGGAUUCCUAAAGAAGAACCAGGCUCCAUUGGCUUCGAAGAAGGCAAUAUCCUAGAAGGGCUCGCCUACCCUGACAAUACGUUCGACGUCGUAUUCUGCGCUCAUACCUUCGGGUAUAUGCCACCACCGGACAUGCCACUUAAGGCACUUACCGAGAUGCGACGAUUAUUGAAGCCCGGAGGAAUCCUGGCCACGCGCGAUACCAUCGAACAGCACUUUUACCCGCGGAGUAUGGACCUCGACCGUCUCUGGGUGGGGAAUUUCCGCCGAGCGGUACUUAAAGGGGAUCCUGAAGCAGACCUUUCGCCGCCUGUUAUGCCCGCUCUGUUCCGUCGGGCGGGUUUUGAUGCUGACGGGGCCCGGCGACCCCUUACACCGGAGCUGGCUGGAGGCUGGCAUCACUGA